AUGGCAGGAGAGCCGCCGUCCAGCCUCUCCUACCGCACCACGGGCUCCACCUGCCUGCACCCGCUCAGCGAGCUCCUGGGCAUCCCUCUGGACCAGGUCCUGCAGCCUGUCACAACUCCUCAACUCUGCCGCUGCAUGAAAGCGGCCAUGGGUAAUAAGCCUCUGAUGAUUGUCACACAGAAGAUCACGACCUUGGCAUUCCAAGUUCAUGAUGGAUUAGGUCGAAGAGCUGAAGACCUCUCUGCUGAGCAACAUCGACUUGCUGUGAAAGUAAAACCCUCUUUUUUGGAAUACUUAAGCUACCUUCUCAACUUCAUGAGUGUCAUAGCUGGCCCUUGCAACAAUUUCAAGGAUUAUAUAGCCUUUAUUGAGGGGAGACACAUACACACGAAGUUGCUGGAAGUGAACUGGAAGCAGAGAGGUUUCCACAGCCUACCAGAGCCUUCUCCCACUAGAGCUGUGAAACACAAGCUGUGCAUGACCUUGGUGUCUCUCCUCCUGUUUUUGACGCUCACGAAGUCCUUCCCUGUCACCUGCCUGGUCGAUGACUGGUUUGUUCAUAAAGCAAACUUUCUGACUCGACUCUGCUACUUAUAUAUUGUCAUGCAAGCCUCAAAGCCCAAGUAUUACUUUGCCUGGACAUUAGCUGACGCCGUGAAUAAUGCAGCUGGCUUUGGGUUCAGCGGAGUGGAUAAGAAUGGAAAUUUCUGUUGGGAUCUGCUUUCUAACCUAAACAUCUGGAAAAUUGAGACUGCCACAAGUUUCAAAAUGUACUUAGAAAACUGGAAUAUUCAGACAGCUACUUGGCUGAAGCGAGUAUGCUAUGAACGGGUUCCAUGGUACCCCACGGUGCUAACCUUUGUCUUGUCUGCCUUGUGGCAUGGUGUCUAUCCUGGAUACUAUUUUACCUUCUUAACUGGAAUCCUCAUCACAGUAGCAGCCAGAACGGUGAGGAACAACUACAGAUGUUACUUCCUUUCCUCAAGAGCCCUCAAGGUUGUGUAUGAUGUGGUCACCUGGGCAGUCACUCAGCUGGCUGUCUCUUACACCGUUGCACCCUUUGUCAUGUUGGCAGUUGAGCCAACCAUCAGCUUAUACAAGUGAGUUUCCAUCCUUCUCAGUUGCUGUUUGGUACACUGUUCUGUCUUCCCUGUGUUUGACUU